GAGAGAGAGAGAGAGACAUUCAGCGUGUUUACUAAAGCCUGAAAUCUGCAGUCAAUGAGACACGACGGGAAAGUGAAGGGCCAAGGCAGGCGGAGAGUUUCUUGUUUUGGGAACAGAUGUUUGAAGCCCAUUAUUUGAUGACUCAAGACAAGAGCAGUUCAGGAUUUUGUGGUUUGUGACGGAGAGUAACUCAACACCGGAUCGAGAAUGGGAGGAGACCUGGAGACAGCGAUCUGUCAGAACUUGACAGGAACGAUCAAUGACCAGUGAGGGUGUGUGAGUGAGACAGGGAGGAGGUGAGUUGUUUGUUCGAAGCUCAAACUUCUCUUACACAAUCUGUGAUCUGUUUGUGCAGCAUUAUCGCGACAUACGUGUGCUUUUGGACUUGUUUUCGUUCAUCAAAUAUGGAUAUACAAAUGAUUGAGAAAGGUUCUUGAAGGACUACACUUUGGAAGGAUCUCUUAAAUGGCGAUCUCUUUUCAAAGCUCAGUGAGGCCUACGACGAUGAUUCUUUCAGUGGCCGUUGUGCUUCUCUGUUAACGGUACAGUCAGGGGUUAAACGGCUUCACCACGUGAAGAAGAACCUAAACUAUUUCAAUCAUUUGCCUACUUCCUCGUCCAAGCACGUCGGAGCAGCUGCCAGUUUUUUUCCUGCAGGAUUUAUAAUGUAAUUUUGCUACUCUAGAAUCAUCAUCAGGUUGAAGCUGCUAAACAUGUCAAACUCUCAAGAGCAAAGUCUCAAUGAGAACGUCAUCUUUUCUCCGUUGGUGCCAUCCAAUCCAGACUACCAGCACUCCGAGGUUGAAAGGUACUGUCUGGAGAGUCUUGUCAGUUCAGGGCCCGAAGCCUUUUACAGCCAGCUCAUCACUGAGCAGAUCGGACCUUUCCUCACACCCGGGGAGGUGACUGAGAUCUCCAGGUGGACAGAGAACUAUCAAGAGGGGGAUGCGGCACUGGAAGAUGGCGAUGGCGAGGAGCAGGUCGGUUCUGAGGUUGAUGACCUUUCCGGAAACUAUUUUCCUGAACAGUCGGACACCUCGGCACCGUGCUUGGAGCUGGGAUGGCCGGAGAGGAACAGCUGGAUGGAUAUGGGCCGGGUUAAUGUUUACACCAACCCUCCCACAGAAGGAAGGCCGUCCAUACGAGAAGUUCUUAGAAGACUUCUACAAGGAGCCAAGAAGCUGAUCGCCGUGGUGACGGAGAGAUUGUCAGACUGCGCUGUGAUUGUUGACCUCCAGUAUGCAGCAUCCCGUGGCGUUCCGGUGUACAUCAUCCUCAACCGAAGAUCUGUGGAGGAAAACUGCUUUCCACAGCAACUUCAACAUGCAAACAUCAGGAUGCGUGUCCUUGGAGGUAAAAGAUUCCUGUCGCGUGACACAAAGAUGGUGGUCGGGGAGAUGAAGGACAACUUUGUGUUGGUGGAUCUGGAGACGGUGAUGUUGGGGAGUUACAGUCUCACCUGGACUGAUGCUCACCUGCACCGUCAGAUCGUCACCGUUAUGAGCGGCCCAGUCGUGGAAUCUUUCGACCAGGAGUUUCGGAUUCUCUACGCCGCCUCGCUCCCGAUCCCAGACACGUGUAAAACUGAAAAACCAGCUGAUGAACCUCAAAGCAACUGUAAACCAGAGCCUCUGAAUCUAAGCAGCGCAAAGAUCGAACUGACAGAGUUUGUGGCGAGUCCUCCGCCUCCACCGACCGACUUCUUCUUGGACUGGGAGGAUAUGGGGGUCAUCCAUAGAUUCACAGAAAGUCCAGGUUAUCUGCCUGAUGUUGGAGAGACGCAGUUCUUUCAUCGACCUCUGAUCAUGGACAGACAUCCGGGAAUAUGGGAGGUUCCAUACAAUGAGUUUACUCCAAAAGUUCUGCCUGGACAUCACGAGGAGGGCAAAUUAGGUUCAAUGUUUCUGUCUGACUUCAGGCAACCAGAAUAUCAAAGGUCAAGGCGACUGUUUUCACCUGGAGACUACCAGGUCCCUCAUGGCAUUGAUCCAGUAAAUAGAUCGAUGCAAAUACCUGAUAGAAUCACAUACAAUCGGACGUCUCCUUCGAUGAGGAUCGAAAGUGAUGAGAGGUUUCCUUUAUACAAACCGCGUAUCCACAGAUCAGAUUUAGGCUCAGAGGAAGACAUCGGACCCUCUGUCAGACGAGAGCCUUUCCUUAGGAGGGAUAGAGUAUGUGAAGAUUCUAUGAACCCAGAUGGAACCAAACAACCUAACCUAAAGAAGUCAUCAGAGGUGUCACGAAGCAAGACUUUCAACACUUUGAAUGAUAUAUUUAAGUGGAGGAACACACUCGGCACCACUGGACAGCAGAAAACCGACGGCGACCCCGCAUCCGGUUUCAGCAAGUCCACCCUGGACCUCCAGCGCACAGACAACACAGCAAAUCCUCGAACCGCUAACUGUGAUAAUCUUCCUCUGACGCCGGCGCUGGCACUGAUGAAAAAGCGAAACGAUGAGGUGAAAUCGGGGUUAUUGAGGAGUAUGCCCAACGUGUUCACGCCCCAUUUAAGAAGCUCCGCCUUCGGCCUGCAGAGGGAGUCUUGGAGGUCAAGCUAUAAAAGCCACAGAAAUGAGGAGGAGCACUGAUGUCACAU